AUAAAUAUUUUAGACUCAGAAAAAUGAAAAUACCAAGAAUAGUUAAUAAGAAUUUAUAAAAUUAAUAUUUAUUACUUUAUACAUGUCAUUCUCUGGACAAUCACGUAAUGGCUAAUAAAAAUCUACGCGAGUCACGCUGGCUGAGUGAAGGAAAUCUCAAAACGCAUCGUAUAAGUCAUCUUCACGCUAUAGUCACAAGGUCGUUGUUUCGACCACGACCCCAAGACGGGUACAAAUCUUAAAAAGGAAAAAAAGAAAAGAAAGAAAUCAGGUACAAAAAUAAAACAAAAUUAUCAAAGCCCGAGAUCUACCUGAACCUGAAGCACUGGUCUCUGGUUAAUCACACUCCUGGUCUCUAGAAAUGCUCGAGAUCUCUUUCCCUAGUCCUAAAUCCAUCUCCAGAUCUCUAAAACCAACAUAUUAACUCUCAACAAAAUCAAAUCAAAGCUAUCAUUUUCUAAAAAAAAAAAAAAAAAUAAGAAGAUGUAUAUGGCAUAUGGAUGGCCACAGGUGAUACCUCUAGAGCCAGGACUCUGUCCAUCUUCACAACAAAUUAUAUAUCUCAAAGUCAUAAAUCGUCUCUUGCUCGUAGUCUCUCCUUCUCACUUGGAGCUCUGGAGCUCCUCUCAGCAUAAAGUGAGGUUAGGCAAGUAUAAGAGAGAUGCGGAGUCUGUUGAGAAAGAGGGAGAGAAUUUACAGGCUGUUUGGAGUCCUGAUGCCAAAUUGAUCGCUGUUCUUACCUCAUCUCUCUUUCUUCACAUCUUCAAGGUCCAAUUCUCUGAAAAGAGAAUACAAAUUGGAGGGAAGCAAUUGUCUGGUUUGUUUCUUGCUAAUAUAUCUCUUCUUCUUAGCGAACAGGUUCCUUUUGCAGAAAAAGACUUGACAGUGAGCAAUAUUGUAAGUGAUAACAAAUUUAUGCUACUUGGGCUUUCUAGUGGGUCCUUAUAUAGCAUCUCUUGGAAGGGGGAGUUCUGUGGGUCUUUCGAACUUGAUCCCUGUCCACAUGAAAGCACUGAAGCCUCUAUUCUACCACACUCUUUAGUUAAUGGCCUUGCUUCUGGAGGGGUUCUAGGAGAUUUUGUAUCUAAUCAUAAUAUCAGCAAGAAGUCUGCUAUCACACGAUUGGAGUUUUGCUUUCCAAUGAGGCUGCUACUUGUUUUAUACUCUGACGGACAACUGGUAUCAUGCUCUGUAAGCAAGAAAGGGUUAAAGCAAGCUGAAUCUAUUAAAGUUGAAAAGAAGUUGGGUUCUGGUGAUGCUGUAUGUACUUCAGUAGCUUCAGAGCAACAAAUCCUUGCGGUUGGUACUAGAAAAGGGAUUGUCGAGUUAUAUGACCUAACAGAAUCUGCAUCACUCAUCCGUACAGUGUCAUUGUGCGACUGGGGGUAUUCAGUGGAUGCCACUGGUUCUGUCAGUUGUAUUGCAUGGGCGCCUGAUAAUUCUGCGUUUGCUGUUGGGUGGAAGUUAAGAGGACUAACAGUUUGGUCUGUUUCUGGCUGUCGUUUGAUGUCAACAAUCCGGCAAAUUGGUCUAAGUUCUGUAUCUUCACCAGUAGUUAAGCCAAACCAAGAUUGUAAAUAUGAGCCACUGAUAGGUGGCACCUCAUUGUUGCAGUGGGAUGAAUAUGGAUAUAAACUCUAUGCCAUUGAAGAAGGAUCUUUGGAGAGAAUGCUUGCUUUUUCUUUUGGGAAAUGCUGUCUUAGCAGAGGAGUAUCUGGCAUGACCUAUGUGCGCCAGGUGAUUUAUGGAGAAGAUAGGUUGCUGGUUGUACAGUCUGAGGAUACUGACGAACUCAAAAUUUUACAUCUGAAUCUUCCAGUUUCGUAUAUCUCACAAAAUUGGCCUGUUCAACAUGUGGCAGCUAGCAAGGACGGAAUGUACUUAGCAGUUGCUGGUCUUCAUGGGUUAAUUCUAUAUGAUAUGCGGUUAAAAAAGUGGCGAGUGUUUGGAGAUAUUACUCAAGAACAAAAGAUUCAGUGCAAAGGUUUGUUAUGGCUGGGAAAGAUUGUCGUUGUCUGCAACUACAUUGAUUCUUCUAACAUGUAUGAAUUGCUCUUUUAUCCAAGGUAUCAUCUCGACCAGAGUUCCUUGCUUUGCCGGAAGCCAUUACUUGCCAAGCCAAUGGUGAUGGAUGUCUAUCAAGAUUAUAUACUUGUCACUUAUCGCCCAUUUGAUGUCCAUAUAUUCCACGUGAACCUACAUGGUGAACUGACACCUCACAGAACCCCAGAUUUGCAGCUUUCUACAGUACGAGAACUCUCAAUCAUGACUGCAAAGAGUCAUCCUGCUGCAAUGCGCUUCAUCCCUGAUCAGAUCGUAAGAGAGGGCGCUUUUAAGAAUCAUAUUUCACCAUCUUCAGAUUUAUUAGUCAGAGAGCCUGCUAGAUGUUUGAUACUGAGAGCAAAUGGGGACCUGUCACUUUUGGAUUUGGAUGAUGGACGUGAAAGAGAGCUCACCGACUCUGUUGAAUUAUUCUGGGUUACCUGUGGUCAAUCAGAGGAGAAAACAAAUCUAAUUGAGGACGUUUCUUGGUUGGAUUAUGGUCACCGAGGGAUGCAGGUCUGGUAUCCAUCUCCUGAUGUUGAUUCUUUUAAGCAGGAGGGUUUUUUGCAGUUGGAUCCAGAGCUAGAAUUUGAUCGUGAAGUUUAUCCUCUGGGCCUUCUUCCAAAUGCUGGUGUUGUUGUUGGUGUCUCUCAGAGAUUGUCUUUUUCAGCAUGUACUGAGUUUCCAUGUUUUGAGCCAUCUCCUCAAGCUCAAACUAUAUUGCAUUGCCUACUCAGGCACCUUCUUCAGAGGGACAAAAGUGAAGAGGCCUUAAGGUUGGCACAGUUAUCUGCACAAAAGCCUCAUUUUUCCCAUUGUUUGGAAUGGCUUCUUUUUACUGUAUUUGACACAGAAAUUUCCAGGCAGAGCGCAAACAAGAAUCAGAGAUCAGUUCCUAAACAUGCUGGGAAUUGCUCUCUUUUGGAGAAGACCUGUGAUUUUAUCAGAAAUUUCUCAGAGUAUCUUGAUGUAGUUGUGAGCGUUGCAAGAAAAACUGAUGGCCGACACUGGGCGGACUUAUUCGCAGCUGCUGGAAGAUCAACAGAGUUGUUUGAGGAAUGCUUCCAGCGGAGAUGGUACCGCACAGCAGCUUGCUAUAUACUUGUCAUUGCUAAACUUGAAGGACCUGCUGUAAGUCAAUAUUGUGCUCUACGUUUACUACAGGCGACACUUGACGAAUCUUUAUAUGAACUCGCUGGAGAACUGGUGCGGUUCUUGUUGAGAUCUGAAAAAGAAUAUGACCAGACAUCGACAGAUUCGGACAGGCUGUCUCCGAGAUUCUUGGGUUAUUUUCUAUUCCGUUCUAGUUACAGGAAGACAUCCUUGGAUAAAAGCACCUCAUUCAAAGAGCAAAGUGCUCAUGUUGCUUCCGUGAAGAACAUUCUAGAAAGCCAUGCUAGCUAUCUGAUGUCAGGGAAAGAACUCUCCAAGCUUGUUGCAUUUGUAAAAGGCACUCAGUUUGAUUUAGUGGAAUAUCUUCAAAGAGAAAGAUUCGGUUCUGCUCGCUUGGAAAAUUUCGCAUCAGGCCUGGAACUAAUUGGGCAAAAGCUCCAAAUGGGUACACUGCAGAGCCGUUUGGAUGCAGAGUUUCUGUUGGCUCAUAUGUGUUCUGUCAAGUUCAAGGAGUGGAUAGUUGUCCUGGCCACUCUCUUAAGACGAUCUGAGGUUCUUUUUGAUCUUUUUCGGCAUGACAUGCGUCUAUGGAAGGCAUAUAGCAUCACCCUUAAGUCACACACUGCCUUUAUUGAAUAUCAAGAUCUACUUGAAGCCUUGGAAGAGAGGCUCGCAUUUGUCCCAGAGUUGGAAGAGAAAUGAUGGCAAGUUUCACAACCACUCGACAGUUUUGCAACAGAAUGGAGUGAAUCUACAUGAUUUUUUUUGAGAUAUAUAUUUAAUUAACAGGCGCACUUAUGUUCCUGAAGGUGAGCAUGUUGCUUAAUUGUGUAAAUUGAGCAAAAGAUCAAGCCAGAAAACUGUCAGGAUGAUAUAUAGAAAAGUCAUUCUUGUAGAUAAGGCGUUUAAACUUCUAGAGCAGCUAUUUUUCACCUUUCAUAUUUUUUUUCUUCCCCUGUAUUUUUAAUAUUCUCCUUUCUUUAGUUUUCACCUGUGUAUAGCACUUUUCUUUGUUGUAUGAAUAUAAAUAAAGCCAUUUGUCUA